UUGGAGCAGUAUCAAGCAGAUUUAGAAAUGAAACGGUUCAGAAUGGAAAAUUAUAAUAUUACAAAAAUUACUCCAGAUCAGUGUUUCAUCAUGAAAGUGCCAUCUUUGGAUAGUGAAAAACCUAUUAUAAUACCAGAUGAUAUUGUAACACUUUAUGAUGUACUUACAAAAGAAAAAUAUAUAGGAAGAGUUACAAAUGUGAUAGAUAAUAAUGUUACAGUACAACUGAAGAAUCCUGCAGCAAUGAAAAUGAAAAACAAUAAGUUCAAUAUAGGUUUCUAUGGUAAUUACUGGCCAUUAAGAUGUUGCCAUUAUGCAUUGUCAAUAGCAAGCAAACUUAAUUUCCUCGAUACAUUGUAUCCACAACAGACAAUGAAAAGUAUCAGCUUAAAAUAUGACUUAGAUUGGAUGAAUAGCACUAUAUCAAAGAAUGAGCAGCAGAAGCAAGCAGUAACAAAUAUCUUACAAACGACGUCAUGUCCUGCGCCUUACAUACUUUUUGGUCCACCAGGCACUGGCAAAACAGCGACAUUAGUCGAAGCUAUAUGUCAGAUUGUAAGGCAAGAUCCUAGCAAAAAUAUAUUGGUGUGUACAUCGUCCAAUGCAGCGGCUGACGAAAUUACCCGGAGAUUAAUACAAUAUCUUCCAGCCCAAAUCAUAUAUCGAAUGUAUGCACCAUCCAGACACUGGGAGGAUGUAAAGAAAGAAAUUCGAGAAUGCGCAAAUUUUGUUGGUAGUACACCUAACAACACUAUCAGCAUCUUCUUGCCAAAAGAGAUAUUAAUACUGAAGAAGAUUAUUAUUUCAACAUUAAUAACAUCUGUCAGAUUGGCUGCCGUGAAUUUUCGAGAAAAUCAUUUUUCUCAUAUCAUUAUUGACGAGGCGAGUCAAGCAACAGAACCGGAAACACUGGUUCCGCUCAUUCUAACAAAGAACGCGGGUAAAAACGAUAUAACUAAUUUUCAUGCACAGAUCGUUAUUGCAGGCGAUCAUUUUCAAUUGGGACCUGUCAUCCGUAACAGAUUAGCGGAAAAUAUUCUCGGCAAGUCCAUGCUGGAAAGAUUGAUGAACGACUGCGAUGUCUACAAGAAAAAAGAUGGAAAGUACAAUCCGCACUACGUGACCAAAUUAGUGAAAAAUUACCGAAGUCACAGACAUAUUAUACACGUGCCAAACGAUCAUUUUUAUGAGAACGAACUAGAAUGUUAUGAACAUGCCGAUACACAGAUAGCUCUGAACUGGAACAGGUUGCCCAAUAAAAAGUUUCCCAUCAUCUUUCAAGAAGUUCUAGGUGUAGAAGAGAGAAGUGAGUCGCGCAGUGUCUAUAACACGGCCGAAGUAUUCGUGGUAGUGGAAUACGUGAAGAUACUGAUGAAUACUAACUUCGGUAAACGUAAAAUAACCCAAAGUGACAUUGGAAUCGUGACGCCCUUCAAGAAGCAGCAGUUGGAAAUUAAGCGACGGUUAGUGGUAAAAGGCUGGGAAAAUAUCAUGGUGGGGACAGUCGAAAUAUUUCAGGGACAAGAGCGAACCGUCAUGAUAAUGUCAACUGUACGAUCCAAGAUCUUCACUCACAAUGACGUACAGCACAUUGGGUUCUUAUCAAAUCCGAAAAGAUUUAACGUCGCCAUAACACGCGCAAAGGCUCUUCUAAUAAUAACGGGCAACCCGAAAAUUAUCUGCACAGAUAAACAUUGGCAGGCGCUAUGGGAAUAUUGUAAAGAAAACAACGGAUGCAGACUCUUCGAUCAGUGCCCGUUGGAACCAGCAUUGAAAGCAGACUUAAAGAAAUAUUACGAAACUAAUUUAAAUAAGACCAGCGAGACGAAUGCAGCUGUCUCCAACGAGGUUUCCAUCCAUAUUGAAACUGAUCUGAUGAAAAACGUGAAAGGAUUGGAGACCUUGACCAAUGUAUUAGUGUGCGGCAUAGAGAAAGUAACUUUGAAGGAGUAACGGCGGAUUUAUGUGAUAGCUUGAUGAGUGAUGCUUAUGAUUGGCUGUCAAGCUAGGGUAAAUGUUCCUUUUAAGGAGUUACCUGAGUCAGCAAAGUAUUAUUGAUUAGAUGUAAAGAGGUGGGACACUUGAGGCUCUUGGUCUCUCGCCGUGGUGGUCUUAAUAGAUGAUGACAGAAACGAGAAAACACUAAAAAUCAUGUUGACAGGCAAGUUAAUUUUGGAGGUGUGUUUUCUCACUUCUGACAUAGUUGAUCAAAGUGGGAAUGGCGAGGAAACAGGAACCUUAAGACCCAAUUUUGUGCCGAGAAGACACCGACUUUAAAGAUCACUUUUAUGAUCUUUAAUCGCAGUCUAUUUUUUUAAACAAUACGCAAUCUCGGAGUUAGCGUGAUAUGUACGCGGUACAUGUACGACUUGUGAUAUUUUACACAAUUUCAUGAUGUACAACCGGGGAAUUGUUAUGCGCGAAUCCUACUUAUUAUGUGUUGUAACUUGGAAAUAUUUUUAAUCAUACCCAAUGAUCAUGUUUUUUUCCGCAAUUCCGCAAAGUUAUGAUUUACCAUUUAUAUUAUUGUUAUUAUACUGACUUUUGCUUUUAUUGGUCGUUCGUUUUUAUUUUACUCUUUAUUUUUACUGUGAAGUUGAUUUAAUUGUUAUCUGUCCGACAAAAAUUAAGUACAAUACUGUUCGAUAUCGAUCAGUUUCGGAAAAACAGCGCGAUUAUA